GCCCGGGGAGGCCGCGCUGAGUUCCGGUGAACAGAAAUAUAGGGGGAGAAUACAGAGGUCACAGAAUGGCAAAUUCUCUGAGAGCUGAAGUGCUGAACCUGUACAAAAACCUGCUGUACCUUGGCAGGGAGUACCCCAAAGGAGCUGACUACUUUAGGAGCCGCUUGAAAGCAGCUUUCCUUAAAAACAAAGACGAGAAGGAUCCUGAGAAAAUCAAGCAGCUGAUCGCCCGAGGAGAGUUUGUGAUCAAGGAGCUGGAGGCUUUGUACUUCCUGAGGAAAUACCGAGCGCUGAAGCAGCGCUACUACAGCGACGACAAGCCGCUGACAGCCAGCGAGCCGCCGAUAGCUGCCGACAGCCACCGCCAGGUGCCGCCGGCGCGCCCGGGGACAACCGGGGAGCACCAAUAA